AUGGGAAGUUUUUUAGAAGUUCUGAGUAAGCUUGAGAUAAACAUUUCCUUCAUAGAUGCUAUCAAGGAGAUGCCUUCUUAUGCAAAAUUUUUGAAGGAGGUAUUAUCUAACAAAAGGAAGCUGCCGAAAAUAGGCGUAGAAACACUAAGAGGAGAAUGCAGCGCUCUCUUAGAGUGUAAGGUGCCGAAAAAAGAAGCUGACCUCGAGAGUUUUACCAUUCCAGUCAAAUUUGGUGAAGUUUUGAUGAGUAAAACACUUGCUGAUUUGGGAGCUAGUGUGAGUAUCAUGCCACUAUCUUUAUACAAAAGGAUCAAUGCUGAGAUCAAGCCAACAAGGGUGUCUUUGCAGCUAGCCGAUAGAUCAGUAAGGUUUCUAGUUGGAGUUGUUGAAGAUUUGCCAGUUCAAAUAGGGAAGUUCUAUGUCCCUUGUGAUUUUAUGAUCAUGGAUAUUGUUGAACCUCAUGUCAUACCUAUCAUUCUUGGGAGAUAA